CUUUAUUCAACGUUUUUCACUUCCAUAACUCUCUCUCUCUCUCUAUCUCUCUCUGUGUGAGUUCGAAUUCCAUAUAUAGAAGCUAGGUUGUUUAUUAUUAUUGAUUUAUGAUGGUUGCGUGAAGCAGAAGUUGGGAAUAAUAAUAUCAGUAGUUGUUGUUGUUUGUGGUGUUGGAGAUUAUUCGGUUCAUCGGAGAGCGCCGUCACACAUUGAUUACGUGCGUUUAAAUAUGGGGAAGAAAGAUGAUUAUGAGCAGAAGAGUGAUCGCAAGGAAGCAGCCAAAGUUGAAGCUGUUCUUGAGAUCAUCAGAAAACAAACCCCUCUCACUCUCAAGCAGGAGAAGUUCUGUAACUAUGGUUGUGUGAAACGGUUUUUGAAAGCCAAGGGUGAUAAUGUGAAAAAGGCAGCAAAGCAACUCAGGGCAUGCCUUUCAUGGAGAGACACCAUUGUCACUGAAUAUUUGAUAGCUGAUGAUUUCUCAGCUGAACUAGCUGAUGGACUGGCCUAUGUAGCUGGUCAUGACGAAGAAUUCAGACCUGUUUUGAUUUUCCGGAUGAAACAAGACUAUACCAAGUUACAUUCUCAAAAACUGUUGACCCGUUUGCUGGUAUUCACAAUGGAGGUAGCAAUUUCAACGAUGCCAAAAAACGUAGAAGAAUUUGUGAUGCUUUUCGACGCAAUGGGGGCAGGCUUUUACAGGUCAGCAUCUGCAUUUAUGAACAUGUUGGUGGGAGCACUGAAAAUAGUGGCGGAGUACUACCCAGGCCGGCUAAGCAAAGCGUUUGUGAUAGACCCUCCCUCCCUUUUCGCAUACUUGUGGAAGGGUGUUCGUCCGUUCGUGGAGUUAUCAGCGUGGAUAACAGUGGUGUCAUCGUUGGAGUUCGAAGAAUCCAUGGACUUGAGCCACUUCGAAACGUACCCUCGAGCAUCGUCCCUACGAUUCGAUCCGUCCACAAUCAAAUCAACGGCCAAGAUUGGCUCCUGCUCCUCGUCCCGCUUCUCAUUUACCGUAUCCCACCACCUGGACUCCCUCAAGCCCUGGUACCUCAGCCUUACCGACACGUCAGCAUCCAAGGUUGGGCCCACAAGCCCAGCACUCAUCUCGCCACUCAACGCUCGCUCUCUCUCCUUCGCAUCGCCCGUCGCCAGGACGCCACGUGGCAGCAUCAACGGCCCAGCUGCCACGAGGAAGGACCUGUUCCCGUCGACGCCGAUGCCGCAGCGCGUGACGGAGCCGCAUCGAGCGGGAGUGGCGUCGUUCCUUCAGUCUCCGGCGGCGUUCUUCCGGCGAGAGGGGCAGGUGAGGAAGGGAGAGAGAUGCAGGGAAUCGUUCUCGGCGUACCUGAAGUUCUACCGUAGGCCGUACGACGAGAUGGUGUACAGAUCGAAGAUGCGGCCCCCAUUGGGUGGGCUCAUCUCAAUCGUUUCUCCACAUCUCAGACGACGCCACGUGUCCAUGUCACAGCGUUUUUGAAUGAACUGAACAUAUACGACACCCGCAAUUAACUCUUAAUUGUUGCACCCUUUCUUUCUUCCUUACGUCUUUUUGAAUGAACUCAACAUAUACUACUAUUACUAAGUGGGAAAUGGCACUCAUUAAAUUCGUUAAUUACUACUGUAAUUGUGAUCCCCCAAUUUGGUUUGAAUCAAAAAACGACGACGUGCUGAGCGGGGUGUGAAAUGGCGUGCAUGUUCAUAAUUUAUGGGAGCAAGGGAGCGUGGUCGAAACGGCGAAACUUUACUACCUCCUCUGGCCAAGGUUCAAAAUGAAAACCACAACCACCGUUGUAAUUUUAAUUUUUCCACUUUUCUUUUUUGUUGCCUUAUUACUUAUUAGUAGGUAGUAUAAAUGGAAUCUUUUGUAGCAACAUGGGGGUUGGACCUUGUCUUUAUAAUAAUAAGAGAAACAGGAUGGGAGAACAAGUUUGAAAUGUUGAA